AUAAUCAAUCCCAUUAUUCAUGAGCCUGCUACUACCACCCUAGGAAAACAAAGCUACAGGGGGGUGCGGUCUUUCCUGUAGUCGAGAACGGAAGCGGAAACUCGGCCAUCUCCUCGUACAUUCAGGCUACAACAGGUUUCAGUCUCCCUACGCCGUUGGUUUCAGACCCGAUGUUGCCACGGGAAGAAACACACAAACUGAGACACAGCACUCCGUGAAUGAGUGGCUCACAAGCCAGAAAGAAACAAAGACACACCAAAAGGAGAGACCCUUAUUCUGCACCAUUCUCGUGUAACAGAUUGCAACAGAACUCGACGGCCAGACCGUUGCCAUGUCGACCUCAUCGCUACGGCGACAAGUAAAGAACAUCGUCCACAACUAUUCAGAGGCUGAAAUCAAGGUAAGAGAGGCGACAUCCAAUGACCCGUGGGGCCCCAGCAGCUCUCUUAUGUCAGAGAUCGCUGAUCUGACCUACAAUGUAGUGGCCUUCUCGGAAAUCAUGAGCAUGGUGUGGAAACGCCUCAAUGAUCACGGCAAGAACUGGAGACAUGUGUACAAGGCUAUGACUCUUAUGGAGUACCUGAUCAAGACGGGUUCAGAACGUGUUGCCCAACAGUGCCGAGAGAAUAUCUACGCGGUCCAGACCCUCAAGGAUUUCCAGUAUAUAGACAGAGAUGGCAAAGACCAGGGGGUGAAUGUGCGAGAGAAAGCCAAACAGCUGGUGACACUGCUGAAAGAUGAGGAGAGACUACGAGAGGAGAGAAUCCACGCCCUCAAAACCAAAGAGAAGAUGGCACAGACCUCCAGUGCCUCAUCAGCUCCAUCAGCACCCAGCCUGGGGGGCAGCCUGUCAGUGGGCUCCCACUCUGGAGGGGCAGACCCUGAGCAAGCCUGGCCGCAGAGCUCCGGAGAGGAAGAUCUGCAGCUCCAGCUUGCUUUGGCCAUGAGUAAAGAAGAGGCUGAGCAGACUAGUGAAGACCCUCUGGAGGACGCAGAGCUCCGCUAUGCUCUCACACUGAGCAAAGAGAUGCUACAAAAGGAAGAAAGACUGCGCAGAGGUGACGACCUGAGGCUGCAGAUGGCCCUCGAGGAGAGCAGGAGAGAGAAGACAAAACCUGAGGAGAGCGCUCUGAUGGAGCUGAGUGCCGUAGACCCCUGGGGGGCCCCUGCCGCUGCCGCCACUGUGGGCUCUGCGGGCCCCUCGCCUCCACCCACAGUUCCCCCCCCUGCGGCCUCUGGUCCUUGGGGAACCGCUGCUGCCCCAGACCCAUGGGGGGUAGCUUCGCCCACCUCUCCCACAAGCUCUGACCCCUGGGGUGGGGGAGCACCUCCGACUACAGCUCCUCCCCCAGACCCCUGGGCGGAGACGUCCAACAGAGUUAACAACGUGGACCCCUGGGCAAGCUCAGCUGUGACUCCCCCCAGUGCCGACCCCUGGGGCCCCCCGGUGCCACCCAGCACUUCCUCUUCGGGGGGGCCAGUAGACCCAUGGGCAGGGGACGGGAUUGUCCCUGCCUCUGACCCUCUCACCUCUGACAUCUGGAGUGGCACCGCCAAACACACUAAUGGCACAGGAGACCCAGAGAGACGAGGGUCCCCAGCACUGGGCUGUGACAGUACAGGCUCACCGGUGCCCUUUGACCUGUCAUCUAUUGGUUCUUCACUUCCUGUUCGUAAGACUCCUGAGUCGUUCCUCGGCCCCAACGCAGCACUCGUUGAUCUCGAUUCUCUUGUGUCAUCUAAACCCAAACCCAAACAGCCACCGCCUCCUUCCAUCUCUUCAUCCUCAGCGCACAACCCCUUCUUACAGAACACAGGCUCAUCUCCUGCUCCUGGCAUUGCAGUAACUCCAGGCAGCACCAUUUCAAGCAGGGGGGUUUCUCCAGUACCUGCCUCCUCCAACCCUUUCGGCGUGGCUCCAACCAUGACCUCCAUCUCACCUCAGCCCUCCUCACUGGGUCUGAGCGGCCUGCGCUCCAGUCCUAUUCCUACCAAUCCCAUGCUGAGCAUGGUGCAACCGGGACUGGGCAUGGGGUCGAUGAGUGUGGGGAUGGGAGGUCCAGGAAUGAUGGGCAUGAUGCAGGCCAGUCCCAUGGGCCUACCUUAUAGCAGCCUCUCACCUAUGGCCCCCCCUGGCUCGACUCUGCUUGGGCCCGGAGGUGCAGCGCCUCCGCAGCUGAUUUUGGGUGGGCCCGCUGGAACAGGGGGCGUGAUUGGGGCAGGAGGAGCAGUGGGAGGCGGAGGAACAACGGGAGCAAGCACCAACCCUUUUCUUCUUUGAGGAAGUGUCACCACUACUUUGCUCACUUGUUUGGACCUCCUCUGUCAUACCUGCUGCCCCCUUCAUCCACCCAGCCCCUCCCCAACACAUUUUGUGUCUAAAAAGAAAAAUGUGUACAUCUCUAUAUUUAAAGAAAAAAAGAAAAAAAUCAAAAAUUAUGUUUAUCUUUCCCUUCGAAAGCAUUAUUUCAUUUCAGAAUAAUUUUCCACAUUUAGUUCCUUUCAUUUCAGUUUGGGUUGUUUGUGGGUGGGAAAUAGAGAUCUAUUUAUUUUUUUUGUUUGUUUUAAUUCUCUUCUGUUCUGUAUCGUUCUUCAUGUUGUUUUGUUUCUUCAGUCCUGUCUUGAGAUGAAGGUAAGUCUGUGAGAGCGGGGGGCUUUUUCAGUAGUGUCAUUCUACUCUGUUCUAACAUUACUGCACUGAGAGACAGAUGGAGGGAGAGGGGAUUAUAGCCACUAACUAACUGAACAGAGAAACUGUUGAUCCUGCCUCUUCCUCUUUUCUCCCUCAAGAAUGAAGACAAACACUGAAUCUCUGAAUCAAACCAGUGCAUGAAGGAAGGUUUUUUUAAUGAACUCCAGACUGAGAUACGGACUGCAACACCCGCAUUAACAUUUCAGGCACAAUGUGGUCAAAAUUAUUUCAACUUCUUCACUUUUAAUUUAAUUUAAUGUUAAAUGUAAUUUAUUUUUUUCCAUUUUUUGGGAACAAAUAAACAAGAAAAAGAAUCACACGACGAUGCCAUUUAAAUCAAAUGCUUAUUUUUUUCUUUCUGAUUAUUGUAGAAAAACUAAAGAGAGCUUUGACAUCUGUGGUCCGAUGGGGGAAAUGAUGGGAUGUAUUGCUGUAUGUGUGCGUGAAUGUGAUGCUCAUUUGUGAGUGUGUAAGUAUGCAUUAGUGAAAAUGCCUGUUUCCGUGUAAAUGUAUUAAUAUCUGUCUUCUUUUUUCUUGUGUCCGAUCUUAUUUCAGUUUCUCAAAAAGAAAGUAAGAAAUGACAUCAAAUAUUUUUGUUUUUAAAAAUUGUCACUUGUAUUAAUACAGUGUAAUGUUGGGAUUUCAAAUGAGGUAUGAUAAGGGUCACACAUUUCUCUGCCAAUCUUAUUUUGAUGAAUCAGAAGUUUAUUUAUUUUUUUCUUAUUUUGCCCGAUCAAAUAUUUCAUAUGGGAUCCCUGGUACACAGAGGUCCCAGAGCCACCACUGUCCUGGGUUUGGUCCCUCUUGGCCUUCAGGGAGGGAGACAUACUGAUGCUUCUUAAAAAAAAGACAAUUACUCAAUGAAUGAAUGAAAGAAAGAGAAAACGGGGACUUGACGACAAGCUCCAUGCUGUUCUUUUUAAUUAAGUUUGAUGAAUUUAUUGUUAUUUUAUAUCAACAAGAAAAAAAAUCCCUUUUACCAGGUCAGGUUGAUUUUUUUGUGUGGUGAUGACUGUGAACAUUCACAUUGGAAAAGCAAAAUGGAGAAAAAAAAUCAAAAGGAAUUUAUGAAAUAAAAUAAAAAACACAGGA